AUGGUGAAGGAGAGCGAGUACUAUGACGUGCUUGGUGUGAGUCCAAGUGCAUCCGAAGCUGAGAUUAAGAAAGCUUAUUACAUGAAGGCUCGGCAAGUGCAUCCGGAUAAAAACCCAAACGACCCUCUUGCUGCUCAAAAUUUUCAGAUUUUAGGUGAGGCUUACCAAGUUCUCAGUGAUCCACCUCAAAGGCAAGCUUAUGAUGCACACGGAAAAUCUGGAAUCUCAACUGAAGCCAUUAUUGAUCCUGCUGCUAUCUUUGCCAUGCUUUUUGGUAGUGAGCUUUUUGACGAAUAUAUUGGCCAGUUAGCCAUGGCAUCCAUGGCUUCCAUGGACAUUUUUAUUGAGGGAGAACAAUUUGAUACUAAAAAGUUGCAAGACAAUAUGCGGGUUGUUCAGAAAGAGCGAGAAGAAAGGCUCGCAGAAAUACUAAAAAACAGACUCAACCAGUAUGUCCAGGGAAACAAACAAGACUUUGUUAAUCAUGCAGAAGCUGAACUAGCCCGACUAUCCAAUGCUGCUUAUGGGGUUGAUAUGUUGAACACCAUUGGCUACAUUUAUGCAAGGCAGGCAGCAAAAGAGCUAGGGAAAAAAGCUAUUUAUUUGGGUGUGCCUUUUGUUGCCGAGUGGUUUAGAAACAAAGGACACUUCAUCAAAUCUCAAGUUACAGCGGCAACAGGGGCAAUUGCUUUGAUCCAAUUGCAGGAGGAUAUGAAAAAUCAACUCAGUUCAGAAGGGAACUACACUGAAGAAGAGCUUGAAGAAUACAUGCAAUCUCACAAGAAGUUAAUGAUUGACUCUCUGUGGAAGCUUAACGUGGCUGACAUCGAGGCCACUCUUUCCCGUGUGUGUCAAAUGGUUCUCCAAGACAGCAAUGUCAAGAAAGAAGAACUACGGGGACGAGCAAAAGGGUUGAAAACUCUUGGUAAAAUCUUCCAGAGGGUUAAGACAGCUAAUGGGAAUGAGGGUGAAUAUAUACCAAACAAAGAAAUGCAUAAAUUGAAUGGAAGUGAAACUAGCAAUGGCGUUUCUUCUCCUAGUACAUCACCCAAAUCAUCGGGUCCUGAUUUUUCAACUCAGGCUGUAUCGCAGAGCCCCUAUGUGGAGGCUCCACACUUUGCAGGCAUGCAAUUUGACUACAACUUCCCUAGGCCAACCGCCCCUCCAGGUGCCCACAGACCUGCUCCAAAUAGCAAGGAUUGA